AUGAGGGUUCCAGAGAUGGCGGAGUUGCAGUUUGAAGCUCCGUUGGCAUCCUUCGAAAACGAAGAAUGGAGCGAUUAUAACGAAUUUCAGACCGCAGAUGUAGACAGUCUAAACUGCGCCAACCGCCCUCUGAAUAAAUCCAGCUUAAAAGAAAAUCUUGAUGGCGAUGAAAGUGCCAAUUUCGCAGAAACUGUGUCGGGUUCCCUGGAGGAUUUAGUCAACUCGUUUGAUGAAAGGAUAACAAAGUGCUUCAACAAUUUGGAGGAACAGGUGGAAACUUUCGCCCCUGUGCAGAUCAGAUCCCAGGAGGAGGUAGUAAACGACUGUCAAAUGUGGUGGACAAUUACUGGAAACUUUGGUAAUAUACUUCCCAUUGAUUGGUCAAAAUCUUAUACAAGAACUUUGCAUAAUCGUGUUCUUAACAUCGGAGAGAAAAAGGAACGUGAACCAUUGCGUUUGGACCUGUCCGACGAUGAGGAUUUAUCACAGGCCUUUGAUAUGCAUUCUCUGAUAGUCACCAGCCUGCAUCCUGAAGAGGAGGACAAGGUACUGACUGCUGAUGAGGUCAUUAGUCAGAUUGAUGAUAUGAUGAAGGAACCUUCUUCUGAUGACUAUUACAAUGCCAUGCAGGACACGCCAGAGGAUGAAACGUACACAAAGGUGAAGCACUCAGUGGCCACUCUUGCUGCAUACACCAGAGAAGAAGUGAAAGGCAUGACCCAGACACAGUUACACGAACUUCUAGCUGAGAUAGAUAGCGCCACCAACGUGUUGUCUGAAAUGCUGGUCACUGAACUGGCCCUCCGGGAUGAGCUUGAGUUCGACAAGGAGCUGAAAAAUCAGUUUAUUUCCUUGCUGCUGACCAUCCAGAAAAAGCGGCGGGAAUGCCACAGCGAUCAAAAGAAAAAGAAAACCAAGAGUGGAGGAAAUGCCUCAAAUGAGGCCGGAAGUGGCAAUUUUUUAACAACAGUCAUACCGUACCAUCCAUGGCAGGGGCCACCUUCAUCAGAACAGCUCCAGAUAUACAUUAAAAUUUUGCAAGCCAUCAAUGAGGAUAGUUCUACAGUUCCCACUCUGCUUACUGACUACAUCCUCAAAGUUUUGUGCCCAACAUAA